AUGGCAUUACCAUACCGACCUAUAAGGGCGGCACCUCCCAAGGCGGAUGCAGUUCUUUCAAGGACUCCCGUCAAGCGAGCUGUGUCGAAGCGAUCGGGGAUCAUCAAAUCAGCCUGCUUGGAAUGCCGCAAACGGAAGGCAAAAUGCAAUGGCAAAAAGCCAGUUUGCGUGAGCUGCUCGAAAUACGACCGAGAAUGCGUUUACGAUUCGGACAUCAGGGAAUCGCGAGUGAGGGGCUUACAAAAUGCGAAUGAAAAGCUCGAAGAAGAGUUGGACGCUGCGAAGCUUUUGCUGAAGCAAAUGGCCAAUGGCUCUGCUGAAUUGAGAGAUGAUGUGUCUGAGUUACUGGACCAAGAAAAACAACCAUCCGAGAUAAUAGAGUUGCUGAAAAAUGGCAGAGUUUACGAUCACGAGAUACCCCAGGCGGAUGAUAAUCGAACUUCGAGAAAUUCGAACGAUCCGAUAUUUCAGAAGACCAGCAGUGACAUCUCAGGAAUAGGCCAUCCGCACCCGUUUCCAGUGGAGGAGUUCGAGUAUUCCAUUACAAAACCGCCAACCAUGCAACAAGAAGAGUCAUCGUCAAAUGAAGACUCCUGCGUGAUGAUGGAGUCAGAAAAUUGCACUACAGAGCAUUCUACUUAUAUGUCAAAUGAGCAGUUAACCGAACGGAGAGAUUUCAACGCCCCAUCUUGUAUCAAUAGCGGUGAGGACACUACUCCUGACUCAUCACAGCCCUUCUAUUCCCAGCCAUCGAUGUUCUCGACGACAGAAAGUCUGGUGGAUCAAUUACCGGCGUAUGAAAACAAUUACGGAAGAACAACAGCUCAUCAGGCUGAAAGAAGGAGCUUGUUCUUCCAGCCGUUGUUCAACCAUAACGACUAUUAUCUUUCUACCUCAAUUACUACGCCCAUACCACAAGAAAUCACAGACCUGGGAACUGGCAAUGAGGAUCUUAAUUUGGCAGGGGCCAUGCAAGAUGUUAUCGUAGAUGAAUAUUUGCCAACUCAGCCCGACAGCCAAGUACACGAGGGGCUUGGCGAUACAUCGCUUAGAACUGACCCAAGCUACAAGAACCACUUUGGAAACCUGGCGCUUUCGAAUAGUAUCAGAGCCAACGGAUAUCCAAGGCAUAUACAAGACGCGCAGAUACGCAACAUCUUCCUGCCGAGCUGGGCUGCUACAACACUCAACACUGAACUGGACCCCGGGGACAUGAGCAAUGCAUUCGGCGACAUAUAUCAACAGGCCACGAGCCUUCUCAAGAAAGGAGAGCCUGUCAACCGCGUGAUUGGAGACCAUCCAAACAUUGCGGCAUUAUAUGACCAACACCAAUUUGACAGGUCGUGUUUGUUGUCGCAAUGGGCUGCUCGCAUGGUUCAUAGCGUGAAAUGUCAGGGAUAUGACUUUACUUGCUUUGCAUCCAUGAAUGUUUUCUGGUACAUGAUGCGGUGGAUGAUCAACCCGUCACCGGAGACAUACGCCGCGAUGCCAGAAUGGAUCAGACCAACAACCAACCAGUUAUUUACGCCUCACAUCAGCAUGGCCGACUUUGUCCUCUGGCCUGCAUUUCGCGAUCUCGUGGUGCAGUUACCGCAGCUUCAGGAGCGUAUGGCGUGGUUGGCAGAUAUGUCAAUGCAUAUCCGGUGCGAGUGGCCGUAUGCGCUUGAAGAUGCAUUAAAACCAGAUCCAGUUAAUGGAACAAUUGAUCUAACUGAUCUGGCCAAGGAGCAUGUUUGGAGCCUAGGAUCUUGGUCUGUUGGACCGUCGUUUAGAAACUUCGUGAUGAACGCGGAUGCAUACCUUCAAAUUAGGAAUGGGCAAUAA